CUAUUGUGGUCUCUUGUACCUGAAAAGAGCUCUUUCUAUUUGAUUUGAAUGACGUUAGUGAAUUUGGAAGUGCAGUUGGGCAUGGCUAGUGCACUGGAAACUCUCUGUGGGCAGGCAUAUGGUGCAAAACAAUACCACAUGCUUGGAGUAUAUCUUCAAAGGUCAUGGAUAGUUUUGUUCUUGACCUCAAUCUUUCUUCUUCCUCUAUUUAUCUUCACAACCCCAAUUCUAGAGCUUUUAGGCCAAGAGGAAAAUAUUGCAGAACUAGGAGGAAACAUUGGUUACUGGUUCAUUGGUGUGGUGUUUUCCUUCAUUAUAAGUUUCACAUGCCAAAUGUUCUUACAAUCACAGAGCAAAAACAUGGUUAUUACCUACUUGGCAGCAUUUUCAAUUGCAGUCCACAUCCUCCUCUCAUGGCUUUUAACUGUGAAAUAUAAGUUUGGGAUUCCGGGUGCAAUGUUGUCCACAUUGGUGGCCUUUUGGAUUCCAAAUAUCGGCCAGUUUAUAUUUGUUGUAUGUGGAGGUUGUCGGGAAACAUGGAAGGGCUUCUCAAUAUUAGCUUUCAAGGAUCUUUGGCUGGUUUUCAAGCUUUCGCUAUCAUCUGGUAUUAUGCUCUGUCUGGAGCUCUGGUACAACACAGUGUUGGUUCUUUUAACAGGAAAUAUGAAAAAUGCUGAGGUCUUCAUCGAUGCUCUAUCCAUAUGUAUUAAUAUCAAUGGGUGGGAAAUGAUGAUAUCUCUAGGAUUCAUGGCUGCAGCAAGUGUCCGGGUAUCAAAUGAGCUAGGAAGAGGGAGUUCAAGAGCUGCAAAGUUCUCAAUGAUGAUGAUAGUGCUGACAUCAUUCACCAUUGGAUUCGUGCUUUUUCUAUUUUUCCUUUACUUCAGAGGACGUGUUGCCUACAUAUUCACCGAAAGUCAGGAGGUGGUUGAAGCGGUGGCAGAAUUGUCACCCUUGCUGGCUCUCUCUAUACUACUCAACAGUGUUCAACCAGUGCUCUCUGGAGUUGCGGUUGGAGCUGGGUGGCAGAGCAUUGUAGCAUACGUUAACAUAGCCUGUUAUUACCUUGUGGGGGUUCCCGUUGGCGCUGUGCUUGGAUAUGUGUUUAAUAUGGAAGUCAAGGGUGUUUGGAUUGGAAUGCUGUUCGGCACAUUUGUUCAAACUAUUGUUCUUAUUAUUAUCACCUAUAAAACUGAUUGGGAUGAACAGGUAAUUAUAGCUCGUAGUCGCGUUAACAAGUGGGCUGUGGAAGAUGCCCAAGAAUCAACAUCAGAUGCAUAACUUCAACCUGUUUUUCUUCUCUUCUCUCUACCUUCUGAAAAUCUUAAAAUCCUAUAUUAAUUUAGCCACUCAGAUACCCUGAAGGUGAUUGAUUGGAUUGAAAUAGGUUUCAUUUUAUGGGCAUUGCAUAUGCUACCAAUAUAGUCUCUGUUGCAAUGACCACCUAAACAAAACAAACAAAAAAAAGAAAAUGUAGGACCCUAAUGAUAGGAA